AUGCUUCUCAAAAUUCAAUACUGCGCCAGCGACAAUACUCAUAUCCAUUUGAUGAACAGCAGCGCCGAAUCAGAGUCGACUCGACCACACACAUCACCUCGCGCCCGCUCUCCUGUGGAUCGAUCUCCAAGGCGAUAUCUCGACUCCCGCGAUUCCGAUACUUAUAGAGGGGCUGCGCGCGGCGGUGAUAGGCGCCGAUCGCCAUCAAAUUCAAGAGCGAACACUGCUGCAUUUAAUCACAAUCAAAAUCGAGAGCUUUUCUCAGAUAGGCAUACACUUUCACGAGACACAAAUCGAGAUUCAUCAUUACGCGAUCCUCCUCGGGGACCACGAGCUGGAUCUAAAAGUUAUAUCGACCCCCCAAGCGGCCCUAGAGGCAACAGUUUUGGCGAUGGAUAUCGAGGCGAUUUCGGAUAUCGGGGUGAUUUCAGAGGUGGCAGAGGUCGUGGUCGCGGAAGAGGUAGCUGGCGAGAUGAGAGUAGAGACCGCGAUCGGGAUCGGGAUCGAGAUCGAGAGCGUGGCCGAGAAAUAGAAAGAGAAAGAGACUAUAGAGAUAUCCGAAGGGAUAAUAGAGGACCUUUAGUACCGUUUCGCGAUGAUCGAAGCCGCGAUCGAGAAUGGGGUGGUCGGGACAGCUUCAAAGGGCGAAGGCCUUCAUCCCCUCUUGGUAGGGGAAGAUCUCCUAAUUACAAUAGUAGAGAUACUCGUGACGUACCUUCAAGCCUUGACCUUGACCGUGCUCGAAGAGGCUCACGAGAUGGUCCAAUGUCUGUUACCUCGCCUUCGUCCGAGGCAUCUCAACCAUUUGUUCAUGGUUAUGGAAGAGCAAGAGGAAACGGAUUAGCACGUGGACGUGGACGACCUUAUAACUAUGAUGAACAUUAUCAUCGACCUCAAGUCCGCAGUAGAUCUCCUGAACCGAAUUUUCCACGUAGAACUCAACCAUCCGCAACCCCUCCUCCUCAAGUUCCUGCAUUUGGUUCAACUGGAGCAUCGGUCAGUGAAAGUCCUGUACCUGGUGUAUCGGUCCCAACUGCGCCCCGUUUCCAUGCCGGUCGUGGGGCUCCAGGCAGCCUCUAUGUUCCCGCAAAAUCUAUAGUUCCUCAGUCUAUUGAAAACCCCCCACUAGACAACAGAUCGGACACGCAAGUCGUCGCAACACCAGAACAUAAAUUUGAUGAGGUAGCACGAGUUGACAAAAAAUAUCGCCAGCGAAAGCCCCUGUUCGGUAGACGCCCACCCAAAAUACAGAUCAGUGAUAGUUUUUCCGACUCCGAUUUGGACCCCUUCAAUGAUGAUGACCCAGAGGAUGAGAUCAAUUUCGAGAGUGAAAUAGCGGAGGUCAGGCGUAGCAUGAACGAUGCUCGCAACCGACCCGACUUACCUCCUCUUGACCAAUUCUUCCUUGUCAACUCGUUUAGAGAUCUACCUUUGCAAAUAGAUACAAGAGAAGUUCCGGAUACUUUGACUGAAUCUGUCGGCUCUGAAUCCGCAAACGAUAUGCCUUACGCACUGACUGAGGGGGAAAAUAAAUCUGUCUCUGAGCUUGAACCUCACUUAGAGCCUCAGAAAGAGCCCGACGUAGUGUUGGACCCGACAAAAGACAUGUCAUCCGCUGAUUCUAAGCCCUUUGUCGGUGAAGAUCAUCAAAGUCCAGCUUCCCCAUUUCUGAAAUCACCCAUUCCAGCAGCAACAAUCGACUCGAGCGUUAUUGAAAACCAUCAACGACAUUUAAGUCAACCUCCAGCUACUGACCCAGGAAAGCCAUUUAUACCCUCUGAAGAACCACAAUCGUCACCCACUGUAGUCAUCAAAGAUUCCAAUUCCACUACUGAUGUGAUUACAAAUGAUUCUAUCACCAAGGAAGCAGUCUCAACGCCAGAAAUCCAUCCUGCUCCAUUGCCCAUUGAAAGAAGGCAAUCGCCUUCUGAAGAAGAGUCUCGCACCCCCACCAAACCCACCGAGACCAAUGUUGAUAUUCCCCAUUCCACAGUCACAAAAACAGAUGCUGAGAGCUCAAAGGACCGGUCCACUAACGAGACUUUCUCUAAAGCUCGUGUAUCCGAAGAAACAUCCCCAAAGGACGAUGCUUCUAAAGACACUGCACCCUCCGUCAUUCAACCUACUACCAUUGAGCCCACAGAUUCCCAACCUUCUACGAUUGAGUCGUCACUAUUACCAAGAACUGAUCUUGAAAACAAUACUUCCAAGAACGAUAUUCAAGAUAUCCCUAGCGUGGAGCUUCAACAUGUUGGUGCGAACAUCUCCAGUUUAGAAAAGCCGCCUUCGCCUUCGCCAUUAAGAAACUAUUCCGAGCGCAUCUUGGAGCCGCUUGACGACAAAAGAAUUGCGGGAAAAUCUACGGAUAUAGCACCGCCCGUGUCAGACGAAGCAUCAGGAUUAGCUGCUGAGAGGGAUAGAAAAUCGGAAAUCGAACCAGUUUACAAAUUUCCAUUAUCUCUAGGACCUAUCGAUACUGAGAUCCUCCCAGAUGCUCAAGCACCUGAAGAUGAUUCAUCAAUCAGUCCCAGGACUCAGGCUCCAAUUCAAAGGCCAACGGAUAAAGAUGCAGAUGGUGAUCAUCAGAUGGAGGGUACAGAGACAUUUGAAAAUAAUGAAUCUGUCAAUCAGGAGGUAGUAGAUGACAUGGACAAUUCCGGAGAAGACGUUCGCCGUAUUCGAAAAGAACAAGAUGGCCAUUAUGAUUUUGGACCACAAAAGAUACCUUCACCAGUCCCACAGGCCCCAGAACUAACGAUGGAGAUUCCCGAAGAAAGUGAUGAUGAUGAAGAUGAAGCCGAACAAGCCGGAUUCCAACUUUUACGUCAAAAGCUUGUUCAACAAGAAGCCGCUCUCGAAGAGGAUCGUCAGUCUAAAAUUCUCGACGCUGUUAAGCACCCCAGGGAUACAAAGACGCCUCCCCCGGAAUCUUUGCCAAUGUAUGAUUAUAAUAAAUGGGACGAGGAUCCCGAGUUUUUGAGCUCUCUUGAAAUUGCUCCUGAUGCCGAACCCUCUCUUUCGAGGUUCAUGGAAGAAAAAAUGGCGCAGAAAUGGAGAAGACAACAAGAAGAGGGGAAAUUGUGGGCGGACAAUUAUGCUAAAUACCGCACAUUUACUGAUAUGGAUUUGGAUCCGAUUGCUGUACGAAGUAGAGAAGCAUUUGCUAAAGCCCAAGACAGGGAAGCCGAGGAAUCGGUCGAACGAGGCAAAUCGGUAAAUGGUUCAGAUCCGAAGACAGAGGGCCAGCGGCGCACUGGGAGUAGAUUUGCGACAGAGCACGAUAUAGAACGCGUCCUUCGUGAAUCCGAGCGUGAAGCUAAAGAAUCGAAGGAACAGCAAGAACAGGAUGCCAGGGAAGAGACCGCUAAUUCCAAGGAAGCGAGCAUUCCAGAUAUGUGUUGGGAUGAUGAAUACAAAGAAACUAUGUUUGUAGAUACCACGCAUAAGGUUCCAUUUGAGCGAUCAUUUCGUAUGCUUGAAUUUGGAGAAUCCAUCGACAAUUUCACGGAAGAGGAGGCUCGGAUCUUUCGAGAGAAGUACUCCCAUUCUGGCAAGCAAUUUUCUGUCAUCGCAGAAAGCCUUCCACAUCGUGAUUACAAGGCCUGCAUUCAGCACUAUUACAUUAUUAAAACAACUGAUGAAUGGAAAGCGAUCUUCAAGAAGAAGAAUAAUCAAGUUAAAACUGGUAGGAGGAAAGGAGCGAAAAAAUCUAGCGUUCUCAUUACCAACAUAGAAAAUGGAGGCGGCAACGACACCGACGCUACACCAGAUGUCGAGAAUGGAAACGAACGACGUCGACCUAGGAGAGCUGCUGCUCCAACCUGGAAUUUUGAAGCACCUCCACCAACUGACAAUGAAGGCGCCAGCCCUGCACCAACCCCAGCAAAAAGAGUCGCUACCCCAAAAGGAGAUGCAAGUGGUGACUCAGCUCCACCCAAAAGGAAAGUAAAGGUUCCACGAGAGAAGGUUCCGAAACAACCCAAGGCUAGUCAACUUCUAGCAGCUGCCCCAUCUCCUGCUACCCGCAACGAUGAAUCGCCGAAUCCUCCUCCAUCAACCGCUGCACCCGAGCCUACUCCAAUUAGACCUCCUGUAGCUCCUGCUCGUUUCCCUCCAUAUGAAAGUAUUGUUCCUCAACAACUUCCAGCAUUUUCACCACCAUUCAUGACACCUGAAAGACUUACACCAGCUAAUCUAGAGGUUCCAAUUGCACCUGAACGUGUUGGAUCUGCCCCUCCAACAACUGUUGAAUCUCAACCGGAUCGUCGUUCUACUGCCCAACAACAAACUUCUAGCUAUUGGAGUGUCCCGGAGGUGCAUGACUUUCCUGAACUACUACGACACUUUGGUACAGAUUGGCAAGGAAUUGCAAAACAUAUGGGAACAAAAACACAUACCAUGGUAUAUAACGAUAUAUUUUCUGACUGGCUUAAUAUCAAGAAAGGAAAACCGGGCCUUAAGCGGCUGGCUAACAUUGCUGAACAGGUCAAGAACUACUAUCAACGCUCCGUUGAUUCUGGAAGUAAGAAAGAAUGGGAAACGAUCACUCGAGAUGCUGACUCGAAACGUGAGAGAGGCGAAUCUACUGGACCGGCACCAACACCAUCUGCUCCAACGAAGCGACGAUAUGACCCCACACCCGCUCCUCUAUCAAGAUCAGCUUCUGCUAUGGAUCUCGAUGAACUAUCUGCUAACCAACCUAUAACUCUUUCCCAAGCCUCCCCUCCUCAACCCACAUUGAGUACUAGGUUCCCAGCUUUAGCUCAAGCUGGACCAGUUCCCCAAUCAAUGAAUCAAACGAUAACUCCUAGUUCCUUGCCAUCUAAACGCUCCCAUCAUCAGGCUAAUCAACACAGCUUAUCUCAAAUCCCGCAACAGCAACAACCGAUAUCAGCAUCACCAUCAACAACAGCCUCUCAGAUACAACCACAACCACAACCACAACAAAUUCAGAGUCAGCAAGUUAGACAACCAAGAGGUCCUGCCAUGGGUUUCUUCACGACUGAUAAUCAACGACCCACAUUACAAAGUAAUCUUUCGCAACAAUCUCAAACUGCUUCACCAAUUUCCGAUCCAACCACACUUGCUUCUCAAAGAUCAGCCCGGGUCGCUGAGGAAGCCCAUCGCGAGAGGCAGAAGGCUCUCGAGCAUGAGGUAGAACGAAUGUCACAGGAACAACAACAAGCCAUAAAACGGCUAGCUUUACAAGACCAGGCCAGACGAGAGCAGCAGGCUAUUCGAGAACAAGCUAUUCGAGAGCAAGCGAUUAGGGAGCGAGAACAAGCCCUUCGAGAGCAGCAGGCUUUGCGAGAACAGACACAUCGUGAGCAACAGCAGGUAUUCCAAAGACGAGAGCAGAUAAGGGAAAUGGAGGCUCUCGAGCGGCAGCAACAGCUACAAAGGGAGAGGGAGUCAAAACAAGAACAGUUAGAACGAAAUUUGAAGAGAAAACAAGAGCGUGAUCAUGAGCAGCGUGAACAACGAGAACAACAAGAUCGAAAAGAAAAGCGAGAACAACGAAACUUUCAGAUGAAGCAAGAGGAAAUUGAUGUCCGAAAUCCACAACAAUAUGAACUAUACUCUGCACACUCUAGCCGUACAGGAUCAAUGGCACCUACAAGACCCGAAGUUCCAUAUCCGACAGUCACCGCAGCGGAGGUUCGAAGACAAGCACCAUCUUUAGCACCAAACCAACAAUAUCCGAGAAGUCAAGGUGUCAGGAAUUUGCUUAGUGAUGGUAUGAGUGUUGCUCCAAACUUGAUUCCAUCUCCCUCUCCAGCUUUCGGUCGAUCGGGCAUUGUUACUCCGCCAAUUCAAGAGCAGUAUUCAACACCACCGCCUCCACCAGCGGCUGUUGCUGCUAUACGUCAGCAAGACACACCAAGAAAGACUUCCAAUAUCAUGUCCUUGUUGAACGAUGAAUCCAGUGAACCUAGCAGAGCUCCUCAAAUAGCACAAGUCCAACCGAAGAGAGUUGGUGGUGCCGCGGCAAUUCCAAUUCAAAAUUCACAAACUCCACCACCUCAACGUUCAUUACAGACUUCACGAUUUUCAUCGCAUUCAUCUCAACAGUCGCAACAAAUAUCCCAGCAAAUUCAACAAAAUCAGCAGAUGCAGCAGGCUCAACAUCAAAUAUCUUCUCAAAAUAAUCCACAGCAUGGGGGGUAUCCACAAUCAUCUUCCCAAUCUAUGCAUCAACAUUCAUCCUCCGUGGGUCGCAGUUACACACCAACACCUUAUGAAGGCCGAAGCCAUGCACCCCAACCAACUGUACAACAUCACCAGAUGUAUUCUCAACCCUCUCGCCAAACAAUUGGUUCGCAGUCUUCAUCUAUUCGUCGAGAGCCUUUAAAUGAAAUAAAUGCUCCGAGCGGAUAUACACGAAGUCCAAUUACGAAGAUUAAUGAAUCACCUUAUUCUGCUACUCCUCCUCCUGCUAGUCAACAAAUGACACGUCAGACAAUGUCGUCUCCUCAUGACUUACCUCAAGCUUCCGAUCGUGAUAUAUAUAAUCGUCAAUCACAGUUCGCUGUGCCACAACAACCGAACACACCGGUAGACUUCCAUUCAGCACCUCAAGUGGCAGCUAGUCAUCGAUCUAUGGCAUUCGGACAAAGUGGACAAAGUGGACAUCGAACUCCACCAGCACAACGUGGUCAAUGGAUUCAAGGUCAUCAAGUAGGUCAUCAUGUGCACAAUUCACGACAAAACAGCUUCGAUGCCCGGAACUAUAAUGCUGCACCAUCUACAUCAGUUUCAGGUCAGCAAGGUUAUGCCCAAGCACCUUCCCACCACAUGCAAUAUCAACAACAACAACAAAAUCAAGAGCGCUAUGAGCAUCACUAUGAGAGAGAACGUGAGAGAGAGAGACAGGAAAGGGAAAGAGAACAACAAUAUUACCGGAGCCGGGAUGAUCAACGGGAUCCGCGAAGAUAG